UUGACCUACGAUGAGUGCGAACAUACUCGACGCAUCUGCUCUGCUUCACGCCUUGCCGAAGGUUCUGCCAGCCAAGAACAAGAAACUUGAGUCUGCUCAGGACGGAAUCGCUGCACUUGUACACUCUGCCUUCACUGUUCUCGGCUUCCGUCUCCUGGGUACAGAUGAGAGCGGUCCCGCACGUACCUUUGAGGACAACGUCUUGCCUGAGGAGUGGAACCAACACGGUCCCAGCAACUAUGCGUUGAGGUACAAACAUGAGCAGAGUAGUUUGGAGUUUCUCGUGAAAGUGGUGAAGUUGGGUAGUCGCACACUCAUCAACUCUAUUGCGAUCGAGACGGACAAAGCUGCUACGCUAGAUAUCUCCACGGGCGACUUUAUUUCGCCCUCAUUCUUCCCACAUGAUCUCUCCGCAUCUGACGCUCCCCCGCUUGUACACGGCUUCAUUUCCUCCAAUCGCAUCGACGACUUCGUCUCCCAACUUAAACUCAGCACGCUCCAGAAGCUGAUGCCUGGCCUCCGCAAGGAAGGCUACACUGAGCAACCGGAGACAAACGCUGGUCCUAGUCAACCACGCGCUCCCGAGGCACCUCCCGCGCGGCCGCGUCCUGAACAGCCCCCAUACGCUCCCCAAGACAUCUACCCACGUAUGCCGCCCCGCAGUCCACUCGAGAUCGGACGUCGUGACCGUGACCCUUUCCCGAGCAACCCUUUCGCUCCGUCUCCGCUCUUCCCGGAUAGCUCUGGGGAUGGUAUGUUUGUUGGUCCGAAUCAUCCGAUAUUCGGUCCUGGGAUGCGUGGUCCAGGAUCUGGAGGUAGGGGUCCUUGGGGUGGAGACGGGUUCCUUCCUCCGAUGGGGGCGCCUCCGGGAGCCAGAUUCGACCCUAUCGGCCCUGGAGCCUUCCCCGGUCCGCCCCCGUUCCCAGGACAGGGUAAUCCUAGGGGUGGUCGUGGUGGUCCGCUGGGUGGGCAGAAUCCUGACAACGACGAGUUCAUGCCUCCCGGAUACGGCGACAUGUUUAGUUAAACGACAACCACGAAGGAGCGAUCUCAUGUACGAUAAAUGCACGAUGUUUGGGGAGGUAGCAUCAUGUGUUUCCGUGUAAAAUAUAUCGGCAACUAUGCGAUGAUGAC